AUGGCAGGCAAGAGGAAGCGCGAUGCUUUUUCGGCACACGAUAAGCUGGUGCACAAGAGCUGUUCGCUGUUGCAGCGCGAGGCGAAGAAGGUCCGAGCAUUCUUGGUUCGCAAGGCAGUGCAGCAGCUGAAGCAGCUCCGCCAACAGCUCGCAGAGCCUGUGGAGGAUGCGGCUAAGCAACAAAAGCGAGACCAGAAGUUGCGCAACAGUAUCGAACGGUUCGAGCGCGAGCAUGCAGCGCUAAAGACUCUAGAUCUGCAGAAGCUGGUGACUAGAGCCAGAGCUCAGACUGGGUUGGACAAGCCACAGCCCCAAACUACCGAAGAGAAUGAGCACGAGGAGGUGGAAGAAUGGGACGAGGAAGGCAGCGAAGAUGACAGCAGUGAGGAGACUGAGGGUGAGCAGGGUGCGGAGCAGGGCGAGACUGUAAAGGAUCCAGAUUCUGCUGCUGCUGGACGGGAGACGGAACAGAAGGAGACGCAGGAAGACGCUCCCAAUCCGGACUCGGAACUGGAUGAAAAGCUGAUGGACCGCAUGUUGGCUCAUAAGCAGAUUGUGCCGCUUCUGGACGCCAUCAAGAAACUGGUGGAGAAGGAGGAAAAGGAGGCCGAGAAGAAGCGGCGGGCACAUGAGAAGCGCGCGUUGAAACGUGGACGCCACGAGUCGCUGGUCGGCAAUACUGGACGCAGUGGUGUAGCCCCCACCUCGUUGUUCCUGGGCUCUCUGUCUGGACGCGGGGGACUGGACGAUGAUAUGGAAAUGGGUAUGGACGAAUAUGGCACUAUGGCUGGCGCAGACGAUGAUAUUGCUGAGUUCCUAGGCGAAAAGAAGAAGAGGAAGAACCGACCUGGUCAGGUGGCACGUCGCAUGAAGGCUAUUCGCAAGGAGGAGGCGCUCAAGCGCAAGGAAGACCGCUCUAAGGGCAUCUUCGUGGCGUACAAAGACAACGCGGCGUCUGUAGGCAAGUACGGACUGUCCGAGCGACCGAAGAAGGCCAAACCGAAGGCCAAACCAGCUGCGUAA